AUGCAAUUCGCCCGCAACCCUCUUUUUAUUAUCAGGGGUCUUCAGCUAGUCUCAAAUAUGCAGGGAGGCAGAGUUAGGAUGAAGUAUUUUGCUGUUCAUAAUGCUGUCAAGAAGUCCAAAAAACGUGGAAGAUCAAGCAAGUUUGAAACUCUACCACCAAAUGACGUCUCAUCUGAUGUUCCACCUUUAGCAGAUAAUAGCGAUAAUGAUGAAGAAGUGGAAACGUCUUCUUCACCUGAAAAAUCAGAGGUGGAAAAAGGUACCGUGUUGGCUGCUUCCAGGGGUGCUGUUCUGCAGGCAUGUACCCUCACUUCCUGUUUCAUUGGAGGUUUGGGCAUUUUGAUUAGGCAGGUUUCUCACUUUGCGUACAACGAGGGUUUUCCAAUUUUAGACUGUUCUUCUCAAAUAUCAUUUAGAUUCGAGCUGUGGCAUAUGGAGUUGAUUGCGGGGUUAGUUUUAGGUGUAUCAUCGUGCAGGUACAUACUGUUAAAUAGUUGGACAGAUUUUGCUGAGUCAAGCGAAGCAGCGAAUUACCAGGUCCUUAGCUCACUGGAACCUUUGGACUACUUGGUUGUCGCAUUUUUGCCAGGAAUCAGUGAGGAAAUGCUUUUCCGCGGAGCAUUGUUACCCCUCUUUGGGAUAAACUGGAUGAGUGUUGUUGCAGUGGCUACCUUGUUUGGGGUACUGCACCUGGGAAGUGGUCGAAAAUAUUCGUUCACCAUCUGGGCUACAUUAGUUGGGAUUGCUUAUGGUUGGGCGACGGUUGCAUCCUCAAGCAUCAUCGUACCUAUGGCGUCGCAUGCCCUGAACAAUCUAAUCGGCGGCAUCAUAUGGCGGAACACAUCCACAUCAACGAGACAAGAUUGA